AUAAAAGUGACGGCAAAAAGUUUAUAGAUACUGAAACGGAUUAUGUUGAAAAGUAUGUUUGGGAAAAUUCAAAUCCUUCAAUAUGAGACUCACAACUGAUCAAUCAGCCCUCGUACCGACCUUCCUUAUCAGGUAUCCGUAUGGUUUUAUAUUCUUGGAUAUGAAGAAUUAUGUCCACGUGAUUCAUACAUAAAUGUACACAAUCAUCGUGUAACGUAUCGUAGACAAUUGAUCGCAGGUAAUUUAUAUAAAAUGCCUGUGACAUAUGUUUAUAGUUGUGUGCUGUUUCAUUCCGGAGUGUCCACACACAAACAUCUGUUAUCUAUACUCACGCCUCUCAAAAGCACGUGAUUACGUGUAUAAAUACACAUUUUUCAAGUAUUUAUUUGGAUAUUUAAAAGAAAAUAUUAAAUUAAUUUAUUAAGGCAUUGUUGAGAAAUAAGCCUGUAGUCUUGGAACAGGGAUUGCGUCGGGUUUCGGUGAGGCGUACGCAUUUCACGAGGACCCACGAUAGAUAUAACUUCCUGUAUGUGUUGGAGUCACAAGGCCUACAGCCGUCUUCCGGAGAUAUAUAUGGAUUAAACGUCUUGUCCGUACGAGUGCUACCAUGUCGAAAAGCUGGCGUGACUGUAAGGCUUGGGUGGAUUAUGGAAUCCCACUGACUACUACCAGCAAUGAAGCAAGCAAGCUGUUUGAUGCCUCUCUCACUCAGUAUGUCGGAUGGUACAAUGAGGAAAGUUUAGGAGGUCUGGAAGCCACGUGUGUAAAAACAGUUGAAGCAGACCCCAACUUUGUGAUGGGUCAUGUGAUUAAGAAUGGUCUAGAUGUUUUGGGGACUGGCCGGACCAUCAGACUUGACCAAGAGUUUGACAAAGAUAUCAAAAGAAUGGUCAGUCUGGCUGAGUCAAACGGUAUCACUGACCGAGAAAGGAAACAUGUAAAUGCAGUCAGACUCUGGGCUGAAGGGUAA